AUGGGUCACGAGAUCAGUUACCGCAUCGCUGCCACCGCCGCCCUUGUGGCAGGUAUGGUUAUGCUGGUUUGGAGUCAACCGAUCGUGCCCACCGUGCCGCUAGCAGCCGCGCCUGCCAAGCCGGCUAACGGCGCCGUGGUUCCGACGGCGACGGCGGCGACGGCGGCGACGGCGGUUCCGACGGCGACGGCGCUGCCGCGCCCGGGGCCGUACCUGCCGCCGUACCCGGCGCCUUCCCUGCCGCCGCUGGCCCCGGCGCCGUGCCUGCCGCCGUACCCAGCGCCUUUCCUGCCGCCGCUGGCCCCGGCACCGUGCCUGCCGCCGUACCCGGCGCCCUCCCUGCCCCCGCUGGCCCCGGCGCCGUACCUGGCCUCGUACCCGGCGCCCUCCCUGCCGCCGCUGGCCCAUUCGCCGUACCUGGCCUCGUACCCGGCGCCCUCCCUGCUGCCGCUGGCCCAUUCGCCGUGCCUGCCGCCGUACCCGCCGCCCUCCCUGCCGCCGUGCCUGCCGCCGUACCCGUGGCCGUGCCUGCCGCCGUACCUAGCGGCGGUGCCGCCGCUAUCCCUGCUCGGGUUCCAGCCGCCAUGCCCGUCGCCACCCUUCACCGCCGCGUCCAUAGACAACGACGACUCUACGACGGUGGCUCCCGACGCUCCUUCCCUGGAUGUUCGUCUGGCCACCUGCACCGACGUGUCCCCGGGCACCCGCCACACGUGCGAGCAGCAGCGCCUGUUCGACAAGUGCGAUUCCGACUACAUGGUCCGCUACGCCUACUGCUCUAGGACCUGCGGCCGCCAGCCUUGCAAGACGUGUGAUGACGUGGCGCCCACCGCGGAGUACAACUGCACUCAGCAGGCUGCCUUCGGCAAGUGCAACGAGCAAUGGAUGGUUACGGGCAGCUUCUGCGCACGCAGCUGUGGCCGGACUCCCUGCCCCCCGACUGAGGAGGCGAAGCGGAACUUCGCCAAUGAGUACGCCAAAUCGGGUGGCAAGGCCGCGGCAGACGGCCCGAGUCCCCCCGUCGGGAAUGCAUGGUCCCCACCCCGUGGUCCAUCUUCGCCGCCACCGUCCUCUUCCUCCUCCUCCUCCUCGUCCUCUUCUAACAAGGCACAGCAGGAGGUCAAGCAGGGCCAGGACUUCAUCUCCAUGCCCUCGCAAAAGAAGUAA